GCGCGGGCGGAGUGAGCAGGGUGGAUAUAAAGAGGGGAGUCAGGAGGAGCUCCCAGAACAGCGGCCUCCAGCCACCGGGUAAACAGCUGGAGUCCAGAAGGGUCCUCCCGCCCCCGCCAUCCGGAGACCACCCUCCCCCAGACCCCAGAGGGGCCUCUCGGCCGCGGAGGAGCCGCCACCGCAGACUCGGCCGCCCCCCCGAAAACCACCGAUCCCAGACACCGGCCAGGACUUCCAGAGAAGAGGAUGCAGCUGACGGCCGCGGUCGCCUGCCUGGUCCUCCUGUCCCUCCCGUCCCGGGGGUCGGAAGGCCGGCCCCACGGCGGGCCCUCCCGGGCGGCCCGCCUGGCCACGGACUUCGGGGUGAAGGUCUACCGGGAGGUGGUCCGGGGGUCGGGGGACCGCAACGUGGUCUUCUCGCCCUACGGCGUGUCCUCGGCGCUCGGCAUGCUCCAGCUGACGGCCGCGGGGAGGACGCGGAGGCAGCUCGGGGACGCCAUGGGCUACGACCCGGACGAAAAGGGCCUGGCCCUCGAUCUCCGGCGGCUCAGGAAGGAGCUCACGGGGCCCCAGAACAAGGAUGAGGUCAGCACGGUGGACGCCGUCUUCGUCCAGAGGGACGUGGAGCUGGUUCCCGGCUUCAUGCCUCAUUUCUUCAGUGCCUUCCGGACCACGGUCAAGCAAGUGGAUUUCUCUGAGGUGGACCGGGCCCUCUACAUCAUCAACGACUGGGUGAAGAAACACACGGAAGGCAUGAUCGGUGACUUCCUGGGAGAGGGUGCGGUGGACCAGCUGACUCGCCUGGUGCUGGUGAACGCCCUCUCUUUCAAGGGGCAGUGGAAGCUGCCCUUCCCCGUCAAGAACACCCACGACCGGCUCUUCCACAAGUCCGACGGCAGCGCCGUCUCCGUGCGCAUGAUGGCCCAGUUGGGCAAGUUCAACUACACCGAGUUCUCCACCUCCGACGGCCGCAUCUACGACAUCCUGGAGCUGCCCUACCACGGAGACUCCCUCAGCAUGAUCGUCGCUGCCCCCUACGACAAGACCGUCCCCCUCUCCGCCCUCACGAGCAUCCUGGACGCCCAGCUCAUCGACCAAUGGAAGCGCAACAUGACCAGGCUGACCCGCCUUCUGAUCCUGCCCAAAUUCUCCCUGGAGUUUGAAGCCGACCUGAGGAGACCCCUGGAGAGCUUGGGGAUGAAGGAUAUGUUCAAACCGAGCCUCGCCGACUUCAGCAGCCUCUCAGACCAAGAGGCCCUGUACGUGUCCCGGGCCCUGCAGAAAGCCAAGAUUGAGGUGAACGAGAGUGGCACGGUGGCUUCCGCCGCCACAGCGAUCAGGAUCUCCGCCCGAAUGGUCCCCCUGGAGGUCAUCAUGGACCGGCCCUUCCUCUUCCUGGUGCGGCACAAUCCCACAGGAACCAUUCUCUUCACGGGGCAAGUGAUGGAGCCCUGACACUGACCCAUCAGCCGGACAGCCACUACCCAGAGGGACCCCCGAAGACAGGAUCCAUCGGCCAUUGCUUUUUCCUCAUGCGAACGUCAGCCUUCUGCCUUUUGAAAGAUCACCUGUUCACUGACCAAGAGACCUUGGCCCGCCCUUCCCUCCCCGGGCCGAGGAGGCGGAACCGAGACCUCCACUCUAUCUCCUGCCCCAGCACGGAGAAGUCCUUGAACCUGAUUCCCUAACCGCACUCUUCCGGACGCCCGGGUCACCUGGCCACCUGAGAACUCUCUGGGGGUCGACCGAGACCCUCCCGGAAAGGGGGGAAGGAGAAAAGCCCGGGGAGACGGGGUACGGAGACGGAGGCGGCGACGGCCGUGGCGGCCGCUACUUCCACGUCCCUGGCCCAGGCCGUCCGCUGAGGACACUGUCGUCUCUCCGUCCCGAGGUCGGGAGGAGCCGGGGAAAGGGGAGGCCAGAGGUGAGCCGAGACAGCACGCUGGAACCGAGGCGGGAUUUCUGGCCUCCCUGGAACGAGGGGACAGGGUCCUGAGACUUUUUAUGAAGAUCCACCCACCCCUCACCUGGUUUCCUCCCUCUCCCACCAUGCGGGAGCCGAGAUGACUGGACUAGAGUGAACCCGUUUACCAAGAAAGCGCGAGGGCCUGGCUCCCUCUUGCCCCUCUGCUUCCAGGCGGAGACGGGGAACGUCCAGAUGAACGGAUGCGCCGGGAUUUUCUCCCCAACUUCCCGAUUGGCAGAAAGAGACCCUGGCUGUAGGUGUGAACGUUUCCUCUUCCCCCGCCCUCGUGUGCCUGAGACAGAAAGGAAUGUAAGACGAGAUUAAUAUAUAGAUAAAGAUUAUAUAUGUAUAUAUACCCUA